AUGGGCAAAAAGCGGUCAAGAGAGGCGGCCAACAAGGUCCACGAUGAGGACCGCAUGGAGGACUCCGACUCAGGCGAGGACUUUGAUGUUGUCAAUGUCGAGUUUGAGUGGUUCAACUUUGACUCGGAGGUCGAUUUCCACGGCACCAAGACGCUGCUGCGCCAGCUCCUCGAUGUCGAUGCCGCGCUCAUUGACGUCUCUGGCCUUGCCGACGUCAUUUUGGCACAGUCCACCAUCGGCUCCACCGUCAAGGUCGAUGGCAAGGCCAACGACGCCUAUGCUAUGCUGACGGCGCUCAGCCUGCGCGAGCAGCGCGAGAACAAGGCCGUCGCGCAACUGAAGCAGUACCUGGCCGACAAGGCCGCGGCCGCGGCCGAGACCAACGCCGCCCUUGCACCGCUGCUGCCCCUGCUGAGCGACCAGUCCUCGGGUCCCUCCGAGGCCGGCAAGCCACACAUUGGCCUGAUCCUGUCGGAGCGGCUCAUCAACAUGCCAGCCGAGAUCGCGCCGCCGCUGUACACGAUGCUGAUGGACGAGGUGGAGGCGGCCGUCGAGGACGGCGAACCGUACCAGUUCACACACUACCUGAUUUUGUCCAAGACGUACGAGGAGGUGCAGUCAGACCUGGCGGCGAUGGUGGUUGACGACGACGACGACGAAGACGACAGUGGCAAGAGCAAGAAGCGGAAGAAGGCCAAGACGGCCGCGUCGGGGUCGUCGACGUCGGAGCCGUUUUACUACUUCCACCCGGAGGACGAGGUGCUGCGCAAGCACGCGGUGGCGGCCGGCACGUUUCCCUACACCAAGAUUGACGAAUCCGUGGCCGACAGCAAGCGGGCCUUCCAAGAGCUGGGCGUCAAGUCGCAAGGACUGCUGAUGCUGAUUGAAGCAGACAAGCUGCCGGCAGCCAUUGAGGCCGUCAGCAAGUACGUGCAGUCGGCGUGA